AUGAGCUGGCUGUUGAUAGUUGUGUUGGGUUAUGCUUUCAAAACGGGCCUGGCCAACAAGAUUCCUGUGGCAGACUGUGGGUCCAGCUUCGCAACCAUCCACAGCAUUGAUGUUGAGCCAUGUCCGAAAACGCCGUGCGAGUUUAAAAGGAAUUCGUUCAUCUCGUUGACGAUAACGUUCACACCAAAUAUCACAAUAGACAACGUCACCGCCGAAGCCGCUGGUAGCUUCUUCAACACGUUUAUCAACUACAAUCUGGAUGACACCGAUGCCUGUCAUGCAAUGAAAUGUCCAAGCAAGCCUGGAGAACUUGUCACUUACAGGACUAAAAUCCCCGUGUAUCCAACCUGGCCUGAAAUUACUCUGGUUGUGAGAUGGAGACUGAGAAUUGGAUCAACAUACAUCCUCUGUUUCACACUUCCUGUAACAAUAACUGCAUGA